AUGAAGAUGAAUGACGAUCGCUUCUCUUUCCAGGUGCAGUAUUCAUCCCGUAUCGGCGACGGAGCCUGGCUGGAAACGCAGGUCGCCAAGGCGUCCUCGCACGGUGCGCUGGUCGUGGACCUGAUCAGUAAUGUUACUUACACAUUUUGUGUUCGUUCGAUACUGAUUGAUGGCGAGGUAAUCUGGCCAAGGUUCGUGGUGCGCGACCUGCGCGACGUCGAAGUGCACAGUUCGUACGUGCAUCUGCACUGGCGCUACGAUCACGGCGGUAUUCCGGACAUCGUUGGCUUCUACGUGAAGUACCAGGGCAAGAAAAAGUACAGAACGCAGGUGGACGAAUGGAAGGAGCUGAGCAUCGAGGGCUUAAUGAUUGAGACGGACAAGUUAACUGUCAACGUCACUAACCUACGACCAUACACCAACUACACAUUCGAGGUCGGCGUCGUCUGGUCGAAUGACACGUUUACGCGAUAUUUUCACCCGGUCGCUCUGAACGUCACGACGAAGCGUGCAGCGCCUCCAUUUGUGACUGCUCCAAAAAUUGUCGAAUCCGUAAGCAACAAGGAAGUGCGAAUUAAACUGGAGCCAGCUACGGAGGAGUACGGCCCUGUGAAAUAUUACUGGUUAGUCGUGGUCCCGGCGAACGUUUCUCGAAUGCCAUACGAAAUUCAGCGGAAUGAACUGUUGCAUUCGCCAUCACACUUGCUGACGACGGAUGAUAUGUACGUUGCUGCACUGUUGUCACGACGCGACAUCCUCAACCUCAAAAAUGGCCUCUUCACGCUCGGCAAUGGUCUUCGUUAUGGCGGCUUUAAAAAUGCGCCGUUGAACAAUAAGAUUCAGUACAAGACUUUCCUGCGGGCUUUCCUGGACGAACCGGAGCUUUUGGGAAAUGGUGCUGAUCAGAUCCACGCAUCCAGUAUGUACAGCGGUACGUUCAAAGCGUUAUUUUCGUACAUUGGUCUGCCGAGGAUUGGCAAUUCCAACUUAUGGUUGGUCGGCCCAAUCGUUGCCAUCCUGGUCGUCGGCCUCAUCAUCUGCACCAUUUGCAUUUUCCUUCUACGACGGAACAAAAAAAAGAGCUUCCAGGACAAAAAUUGCAGUUUGAACAAAACGGUACUAAGCUCCGUUGAUCCGUCAGAGACGUCCAAGUUAUUGAAAGACACUUAUGGUGGUGGCUCCGGUCCGAUGAUGAUGACCAACGGUGUGCACAGCUUCGACACUACCAAGUCGUCGGACAUUUUUUACCGUACCACUGCAGCGCCGAUGGAGAUGCAGAACUUCUACUAUCCGCAGCCGCCGCCGACUGUCGCCUCGUCCAUGCCUCAUCCGCCGAUCCCCGUUGUCGAACUGGCGGCGCACAUCGACCGGUUGCGCAUGAACGACAAUCAACUAUUUUCGCAGGAGUACGAGAGCAUUGAAACCGGGCAACACUUCACAUGGGAAAACUCGAAUCUCGAAUACAACAAGCCGAAAAAUCGGUAUGCGAAUGUCGUAGCUUAUGACCACAGUCGCGUGGUGCUUAGUCAGAUCGACGACAUCCCUGGCAGCGAUUACAUCAAUGCGAGCUACAUUGACGGAUAUCGUAAGCCAAAGGCGUACAUCGCCACUCAGGGUCCCCUGUCGGACACGUUUGCUGACUUCUGGCGUAUGGUUUGGGAAGAGAAUUCAGCGACGAUCGUCAUGCUAACGAAACUCGAGGAACGAACGCGCAUCAAAUGCGACCAGUACUGGCCGAGCCGCGGCUCAAUCACCUACGGGACGAUCGUCGUCACGUUCAAGGAAACCACGGAGUUCGCCCAUUACAUGCUGCGAAUUUUCGACAUAUCGAAAGUGAACCAGACCGGGUCACGAGAAAUCAGACAAUUACAGUUCACCUCAUGGCCGGAUCACGGCGUGCCUGAGCAUCCAACGCCGUUUUUGAUAUUCCUGAAGCGGGUGAAAGCGAUUAAUCCUCCGGAGGCAGGGCCAGUCAUAGUUCAUUGCAGCGCGGGUGUCGGCCGUUCUGGGGCGUUUAUCGUUGUCGACUGCAUGUUGGACAGACUGCACUACGAGAACACUGUAGAUAUUUACGGCUGUGUGACCGCUAUCCGUUCGCAGCGCAGUUACAUGGUUCAAACUGAAGAACAGUACAUAUUCAUCCAUGACGCCGUUCUGGACGUUGUACAGUCCGGCUAUUCGGAGGUGGCCGUUCCGAAACUGCCUAUGCAUAUCGAGGGCCUUAUGCAAUUCCAGCCGAUGGAAAACGUCACCGGUAUGGAGUUGGAGUUCAGGCGCUUGUCUUCCUUAAAGUUGCCGAAUGCGAAAUUUACCGCCGCCAAUUUGCCUUGCAACAAGCUGAAGAAUCGGCUUGGCAACGUUUUACCGUACGACUCGACCCGCGUUUGUCUGUCACCGGUGUCCAGUGUCGAGGGAUCCGACUACAUCAACGCUUCGUUCGUCGACGGCUACAAGAAAAAGCGCAUGUACAUAGCGACGCAGGCACCUUUGCCCGACACCGUCGAAGACUUCUGGCGAAUGCUCUGGGAGCAGAACUCGACCAUCAUCGUCAUGCUCACGCAGUUGCGCGAGUUCGGAAGGGAAAUUUGCCAUUUGUACUGGCCUGGAGAGCAAAGCCAACGGUGCGGAAUGUUUCUGGUGGAACCGGUGGCCGAAUACAACAUGCCGCAGUACAUGCCUCAGUAUAUUCUCAGGGAGUUCAAGCUGACGGAUAUCAGGAACGGCCAGUCGAAGUUGAUCAGGCACUUCCAUUAUACCGACUGGCCGUGCCAAGGCGUUCCGAAGUCCAGCGAGAAUCUGGUCGACUUCAUCGGCCAGAUACACAAGACGCGCGAACAGUUUGGACAAGACGGUCCAAUAACGGUUCACUGCAGCACGGGCGUUGGACGAACGGGCAUGUUCAUCGCGCUUAGCAUCAUCUUGGAGCGAAUUCGCUACGAGGGCGUCGUCGACGUGUUUACGGUCGUCAAGUUGCUGCGUCUUCAACGUGCCAACAUGGUGCAGCUUGAGGAGCAGUACCAGUUUCUCUACCAAGUGGCGCUCGAUUACCUCAGUUCGUUUGAUUAUGCAGUGCAGACUUACGAGUGA